AUGCUCCCCGACAAGUACGAUCCACUGAGCACAACGAGAACGACCCUGAAGAUGGUGCGGAAACUCGGGACGGCAACGGACGAGCGACGCGGACGGCUGAUGCAGCAGUACUGUGUCGACCAGUGCUGCAAGAUCGAGGAGCAGCGCCUGAAGUUCCAGCGAGACCAUCAAGCUCAGCUACGUGCCGGACUGAUGGAUUUGGCGGGGCCAGGCGACGUGCAGCUUCAAGAUCCAAGAGCACUUUCUCGAACGGGUACGCGUGUCAUCCUCGCUCAUUCGUUCCCCGGUGGCGACCGGUACAUGCGCGCCCAGUACCAAGACGCGAUGGCCAUCGUACGAGCGAUCGGGAAGCCGGAUCUGUUCAUGACGAUGACGUGUAAUGCGAAGUGGGCAGAGAUUACCCAGGCCUUGCUACCAGGACAGACAGCCGCGGAUCGCCCGGAUCUAACCGCACGUGUCUUCCGGUUGAAGCUGAAGUCGAUGCUGGAGGACCUCUCAGCAGGAGUGCUUGGCCUGGAAGUUGCCCGCAUUCACGUCAUCGAGUACCAGAAACGUGGUCUGCCGCACGCACACUGUCUGCUCAUCCUUCCUUACGAUCGGCUGGUGUCUGCCGAAAUUCCGGAUCCGGCAAACGAACAGCUUCACGCCACCGUCAGCAAGUGCAUGAUGCACGGACCAUGCGAUCAGGCGAAUCCCUCAUCUCCCUGCAUGAAGGAUGGAAGCUGCUGGAGGACGUGGAGCAUGUUGACUCGGUUCUUCCAGUUAGCUGCCAGUGACACGUUCGCACGUACCCUCACGUACCAGGACGUUCCAGCGUACUAUCGAUACAUCAAACCGUCCCCGACGCAACGACAACCAUGGCACGAUGGUCCCGGAGCUCAGUGGAUCCGGCGUAUUCGGCAGAACGAAAUCGUGGUUGGCCGCAUGGUCUACUGCCCGAUUUCCCACAUGGAACGAUGCUGCCUCCGAUUGCUGCUGUGCUAUCGUCGAGGCCCAACAUCGCACGAGGACCUACGGAUUGUUGAUGGUGUUCUGUGUGCCACCUACCAGCAUGCUGCCACAUUGGCUGGGUUGCUGAACGACGAGUCCCAUGAGGGAACGAACCCUUCAAGAAGCCGUUACGUUCCAGAUGCCAUCGCAGCUGCGCCAUUUGUUUGCGCUGAUCCUGUCGGAGGCUGGCACAGUUUGCGGACCUGCCAUCCGAGAUCCUGCAGUCCGAUCGAGCGGAUGAAAACGCCUCAGCAAGCAGAACGCUCUUACGACAUCCACACUCUAGACAGCAUGUUGGAUAACGUGGAUCUGCUAAAUGCUGACCAGCGUGCUGUUUAUGACCAGCUUACACAAGCUGUCGAUCGAUGUACUAACUCGGAGCAAGCAGACGACCGUGCACCCGAGGAAGAAAGGUGUCAACUUUACUUACUCGACGAACCCGGCGGUACGGGGCAAUCGUUCCUGGUGGAGACCAUCCUAGCCCAUACCCGACGUCAAUCGAAGAUAGCCCUCGCCGUAGCCUCCAGUAGCAUUGCUGCGCUGCUUCUCACCGGAGGGAAAACUGCGCACAUCACCUUCAAGCUGCCGCUCAUACUGGACGAGAAUUCAGUGUGCAACAUUCCUGUAGCGACCUCAACUCGCGAGCAUAUGGAUACAGAUAACCAGGAUGGUUUUUUCCUGGCCAUUGAGUACUGGUUUGCGGCCAAUGGAAUCCCCGCCGCCAGCGAUGAGGUGCGAUAUAAUUUCGUGAUGGCACAAGUGUCAUAG